UGCGGGUAUAAGUACGGUCGCUCCUCAGAAGGACUCAGUACACUCAGCGCGGCUGUCACGAUGCUAGGCGUCACAGUUCUUCUGCUCGCUGCGUCCUUCCUGGCCACGCCGGAGGCUGUGCCGCUGGGGCGCAGACCCUGCGACUUCGUGUGCCCGUACAACUACGACCCCGUGUGCGCCGUCAACGCCUGGGGCUACAGGGAGACCUUCCCCAACCACUGCACGCUCGUGCUGCACAACUGCCAGAACCCGUACAACCAAUACUACUUCCUGUACAGAGGAGAAUGCUAUCCCCGGCGCAUAUACUGAACGAGAAGAGGACUGCAUUCACAGAUUGGCCUUUCAGACACUCAAAGACGAGCAAACCCACAACUAUGAAACUGAAGAACCAAGAAGAAAUUUAUUCCCACCCUCAGAAUUAAAUUAUCACGAUAUUAGAACUAUUUAAAAAAAAUGUUAAAAAAUAUUUCCAUAUUUUAGAAAUUGUCUAUGCGCACAACUUUUAAUUUGAUCGACUCCAAAUAUUUCAAAAAUUACUUUUGAAUAAAACUUUACCAUGCUAAUGCUUUAAAUGUCUUUUUAAAUUGUGUAAUUUCAGCUUUUUACCUGAGCUCCCGUAGUAACAAAUGCAAACUAUUGCUAAAGAAAACUGGGUAACUAGUUGUCACAUAUGUGCCCUGAGGAAAGGGAUUAAACAUAUAAAAUUGUUUAAAUAUAAAUUUUUUAAUGUUUUGGUUAUAUUUAUUCAUACUGUGCAGAGGGGGUUGGGGGAUUCAAAACAAAUGGGGUGGGUUGGUGAUUAAAUAAUUUAGUUUUAAAGUAGAUAUGAAAAUAAUCGAAGAUUCCUGUCAAAUGCAACUUGAAGGUUUAGGUUUUUCUGCUGCACGAUUACCAUGAACUUAUCAAAGCAUGGUGGAAACGUUAACACAGAAUUGACCACUCAUUUGGCAGAACUAUACAGCUGCGAGAUUAAAUCAGUACCGACUGGAUCAUAAUGCAGGACGUUUUCUGAAGGAAGUUUAAAUGCAUCAUACCCAUGUACUAAAUCUAAUUAAAAAUAACUUACCACUAAUUAAAAAAGAAUGCACAAUUAUUGUAACAUUUUGAGAAAUUCAAAAUCAGUCUUUACAAAUUGGAAGUGUUUGCAAACUGAAAUUAAAGGUCAGAGUAAUUUUUUAUACAAACAAUUCUUUAAAUUUCUUUAAAGUGUGGUGAGAAAAUAAGUAAGUAUUUUUUAUUUAGCUUGGCAAAGGGACACAGAAAAAUAUCUUAACUAGUUGGAACCAAGAUUCUUAGCGUAAUCAGUAUCUUCGCAGCAGGCUAGACUGAACUUUCGUAAUGCACACUCGAGUCCUUUGGCUUUUUGGUACUGGCUUGGAGUCACACAGGACGUGUCAAAAGAACUGGAUGACUACUGGCCCACCAUACCCGCAAAGCAGAUGUUCACAACCUUUCAAGUCUACUUUGAUACCACAUGAAUAUGCGCAAGUCUCGCGCCUAGAAUUUGCAUAAAUCUGCGAAGAAAUUCGAAAUAUUGUCCGCAAUAAGGUGUAGCUUUUUAUUUUGAUUUUAGCGUGAUUUAUUUACACAGCAGAAUUACAUUGAAUUUUUAUUUCACAUACGCCGUUAGGUUUUUAAAAGUUUUCCGUUUAAGAAUAAAUUGGUUGGUCUAAAGACAAAUCUAAAAAAUAAAUAAAAACUGGUAUACUUUUAAUUAUUUUUUGCUCCAAGCUACACACUACACGUUACCUGAAAAAUAAUUGCGUAAAAGUGAUGUUCCAUUAAAAACCGAUUUGUAUUUCGAACGUACGAAUAAGUGAAUAUCAAACAUUCACAAACUUUUUACUAAUUAAACCAAUCAGCUUUACGUUAAGUUGAACAACAAAUCUUAAGCAUGUGUUUUUUUUUUUUACAGUGAUACAACGAAUAUUGUGAGAUUUUGACGUGACAACGUCUAAUAAAUCGAUGAACGCCGGCUGCACGCACGAAAAAGUGUCCCGUUACGAACAUUGUUCCGUUACGCUGUGUCCCGUUACGCUCAUUGUACGCUUGCGCCGCAUCUAUCUCUUCCACUCGACUGUUUAUAUAUAUAUAUAUAUAAUAAAGUGAAUUGAAAAGUUAA